AUGGACCCAAAACUAGAAAAUGCCGCUGAAGUCCUCGACUAUAUGGACGAACACAUGGCAACGACCGAGUUCAGGGGAGAGACACAAAAGUUUCUACCAAACCCGAAUUUUGACAUUGUCACAUCCGAACGCGUCAUUCGCAAUCUGGUCUCGAAAGAUAGACAGCUGUACAUAGGAGAGCUGGAAAACGAAGAAUUCGUCCACAGGGUUCGUCGGGAGGGUCGUAAAAUGUUUGCCACAUGUAUCUUUGGCGAAUUCCCUUUGACUUGCCUCAAGGCAUUGUUUGAAGAUGGUCUCAGCGAUGCAAAAUUUCCGUUUGAAGAAAAGGACUGUCCAGGACAGAUUAAGAAGCGAAAGUUCUGUGGAUCUUUCAUCGGGAACCAGAAACUGUUCAAUCCAGCAUAUUUACAUACGAACUCGGAGCAGAAGUGGGACGGCCGAGUGACGAAACCUAUUGAAUAUAGCGAGAGCAAGAGCGCGUUACUUGGCCAAGGAGCUUUCGGCGAUGUUUACGAAAUUCGGAUACAUCCCAGCCAGCGGUCAUUCUCAAGUGGUGCAAACAAGUGUGGCUUCUUUGCGAUGAAGGUUACGCAACACGAAGGAACACGAGAAGUGUCGUUUCACCGCGCCAUGGCGAACUUGUCGCACCACCAUCUCCUCAAGUGCCUUGCUAGCUUCACAUUCAGCUCACAAUACAACAUGAUCUACGAAAAAGCUGACUGCGAUGUCGAAAAAUUCAUGGCGAGGUAUUCUGAUCCUCGGAAGCUACCUGGUAUGACGUCCGACAACCUGGCACAGCAACUUUUUGGACUAGCCGAUGCCCUCUCUGUCAUACACAAUCAAGGCCAAUCCGAGCCUGCAAACAGCGCAACCCUGCUUGUUCCAGGUGCUGAAAACCAGAAAACAGGAUACAUUCACGACAUCAAGCCUGAAAAUCUCCUCAUGUUUAUCUAUAACCAGAACGGCAAGAAGACCUAUUGGUUCCGGCUAUCGGGUUUCUCGUGCGCAAAAGUAGUUGACGUCUUGACUUCCGUCAGCGGUAAAAACAGGCACAGCUGGAAAACCGUCAGUAAGGCAGGCACUCCAGUAUAUCGAGCACCGGAAGCCACCGCUAAAGGGAAGACUUCUCGUCCAUACGAUCUUUGGUCGCUUGGUUGCGUUUACCUUGAGCUUUUAGUAUGGUUUCUUGAUGGAUACACUGCAUUGACAGAAUUUCGUGAGAAACGCGAAUGCCUUGUCAGUCCUGGUGGUAGAGAAGACGAAGGCUUUUAUUACACUCCCAAGGAGAACGACCAAUUCAGACUACGGGAGGUGGUCUUACAGAGGAUUGAAAGUGUGACAAGCCGUUGCAAAGGGCCCCUUAAGGAUAUUGCCAACGCCAUCCCCAAACUACUACAAAUCGAUCCACAACAGCGACCAAGUGCGAAGAGCUUGGUGGAAGAUCUGAAACACAUCAAUACAGGUGCAAGACCACCUGUCGAAGUUGGACCGUCUGAGCAGUCAAACUUCGCAGGUACCAGUCAUCUAUCCGUUCCUUUGUACGUGUCUGACUCCGACUCCGACCCCAAUUUUGGUAGUGUAGUAAGGAUUCAACAACCCACCAACAAGUAA